AGCAAGAACCCUAAUUUCUGGGAUGGAGAACAGGGGCAUGAGGCUGCGCGUUCGUGCCGCUGGCGGUGGCGCCACACAUCGCAUCCAGGUACCGGCACCAGCAAGAAUCUACGAUCUCCGCCACGCGCUCUCCCAGAUUAUUGGCGUGCCGGUGGAUAGCAUCCGGCUCUCGCUCAACAAGCGCGACGAGAUCGAGGGCGACGCGUCGGCGCCGCUGGAAGCGUAUGGAAUUCGCCCCGGGGAUCUCCUCUACUACUUCGAUCGGGAGCUAGGGUUCUCGGAUUCAUGCACAGUUUCAAGGGAAGUGGAAAGAAGGGAAUUGUGUGCCUCGGCGGCGGAUAAGCGUGCUCGAGAGCAAAAGGCUGCUCUUGCGGAAGAAUCCUCGGCGACAAGGAGUAGAUUUGAGGCUGUGGAUCGAAAUGCCGGGCAGCCAUCGCCGCCACAUGUCGAAGAACAACGUCGAUUGGAAGAGGAGGCUGUGAAUCGAGGUGCCGAGCAAGAGCAAGGAUCGAUAGCGAUGGAGGAACGAUCCAUGGAAGGAGAAGAGGAGGAAGAAGUCCAGGACUCCGGGAACAAGUACUGUCACCUCAUCCCAAAUCUCCUCUCGAGGCUUUUGUCCGUGGAAGGCAAGAAUGUGGGGAAUUCGCGAGACCUCUUGAUCUUGGCGGUCCACGCAGUGAUGCUCGAGACUGGAUUCGUGAUUCUGGGCUGCCCGACAAUCGCUGGAGCUUCCUCGAUCAAGUAUACUCUUCCUGAGCUCGGCCAGCUCAAGAACGAUGAGGCCAGAGUUCUUCUCCGGUGUCAAAGCGUUGGAGAAUUCAUGGUGGUCUACGGCAGCGUCCAGGGAUCGUCUCAGAUCUUCCGCCUUAGCCUCUCCAUCUCCAAGUUUCUGGGAGAAGUUCUUUUGGAAGGAGAAUCAAAAGGUGGUGGUGGUGGAAGCCAGGAGCAGCAGGACCAGGCUUCUUUCUCGCUCUACAAGGACGCGUUUGCUCUCUGGAAGGAGAUCAAGGACAACCUCACGCUGCGGUUGCUGAUGCUGCUGUGCGAGAUCGCGGGGCUGCCACUGCCGGCGUGCUUCCAGAUCCUCCCCACCGAGCUCAAGAUGAAGAUCCUCGAGUUUCUUCCAGCUUUAGACGUCGCCAGGAUCUCGAUGGUCUCAUCGGAGCUGAGAUUCCUCGCCGCCAACAACGAUAUCUGGCGAAUGAAGUUCGCGGGUGAGAGUUUCAAGCUCAAGCAAGGGGAAGCUCCGCCGGCGAGCUGGAAGGUCGCGUUUGUUCGCGAGUGGUACGCGAGGAAACGGAGAGAGCGCAUCCAGGUCCUAUCGCGGAGAGACGUCAUCGUUCCCAGGAGGAACUUGAGGCCACACCAUCCCUGGGGGAUCAUCGGGGGCGACUACGAUGCUUACCCGGAGAUCCCAUUCCUUCCGGCGCGAGGAGGGAUCAAUCCAUUCGGGGGGCCAAGGUUUCGGCGGCCUCUCAAUCCUGGAUGCAUUGGCCCCGCGAGCAGUGGGAUUGGAUCGGGAGGAGGAGCACUGCCAGAGCUCUCCCGCCCAGGUGAAAAUCCUCUUCCUCUUCCUUUCUUCAUGGAUCACGAUCAUAGUGGAAAUCCUCCUUUCUUCAUGGAUCACGAUGAGACGUAGAGUAACAUACUUAUUAGCUAAAUAAUAAUACUAUAUACUGAUAGUAACUGAAAGUGUCUCCCAGUGUUCUUUGUUUUAGCUGUUUUGCAUCAAUGUAAGAUAAACUUACCAGGAA